AUGGAGAUUACGGAGGAGGAUCGCCAGAAAGAGCUCCUUGCCAAGAAGGAGGAGGAGAAGAAGAAGGAGGAAGAUGCUGCUGAAUCUUCUGAGGAGGAGGGCAAGGAGACUGCCGAGAAUGACGGCUGGAAGACCCCCAUCAAGAUCAAGUUCCCCAACAAUCAGUUCCAAGGAUACGGCCCUAACGAAAUCCACGAAUACAAAGUCCCCCGCGUGAAAACGGAAGCUAAGGCCAAGGAGGCCCUCAUGGAGGAGACCCUGCAAAACUUGAGGAAGGGAGCCUAGAUCCAGAGACAGGUGAGACGCUUCGCGCAGAGGAUCAUCAAGCCCGGACGCAAACUCAUCGACAUCUGCGAAGAAUUGUAAAACUACAACAGAAAAUUGGCUCCCGAGAAAGGCCUCGAGUCCGGUAUCUUCCCCACCGGAUGCUCCCUCAACCACGUUGCAGCGCAUUACACCCCUAACCCCGGAGACAACACCGUACUCGGGUACGACGACGUCUGCAAGAUCGACUUCGGCAACAUCAAGGGCAGGAUCAUCGACUGCGCCUUCACGGGCUUCAAUCCCACCUACGACAAGUUGCUGGAAGCGGUCAAGGACGCCACCAAUACAGGACUGGCGGAGGCUGGCAUUGAUGCACGUUUGGGCGAGAUCGGAGCAAAGAUCCAAUAGACCAUGGAAUCGUAUGAGGUGGAAAUCAAGGGAAAGGUAUACCCAGUUAAGGUCGUCAGGAACCUGAAUGGGCAUUCCAUCGAUCCCUAUAAGAUACACGCCGGCAAAACUGUCCCCUGCGUCAAGACCAACACCAACGAGAAGAUGGAGGAGGGCGAACAGUACGCCAUCGAGACAUUCGGCUCCACUGGAAAGGGAUACGUGAGAGAGGAUGAUGACUGCUCCCACUAUAUGAAGGACUUCUACCUGCCUUCUAAUGUCAAGAUACCACAACGCUCCAAGGCCUUCUACAAUCUAUCACAGAAAAAGUAAUCAAUCAACUAUUAGUACAGCACCCUCUGCUUCGCCAAGCGUUGGCUAUAGAAGCUGGACUUCCCUGGCUACGUCCUCCCCCUGAGAGACUUGGUCCAGAACGGCAUAGUAAACACAUAUCCUCCCCUUGUUGCAAGGGGUUGUUACGUUGCUCAAUGGGAGCAUACCUUAUUCCUGAGGCCGACCUGCAAGGAGAUCCUCUCAAGAGGUGAGGACUUCUGA